AUGGAACAAAGGAGAGGCGCUUCAUGGCGAAAGAUACAUGUAAGACUUGCCUUCAUGGUUGUAUCGUUGCUGUUUGGAAGAGCGGUAUGGGCACAGAUACGGUAUUCUGUCUCUGAAGAGCAGAAGGAUGGUACCGUGGUUGGAAAUAUUGCAAAGGAUCUAGGAAUUGAUGCAAGAAGUUUAAGAGAGAGAGGAUUCCGCAUCGUGUCAUCCUCAGGGGAAUCACUGUUUAAGGUAAAUCAGAAUGACGGAGCGUUGUAUGUUAGUGGAAACUUAGACAGAGAGACGGUGUGUGAGAAAAGCACAUCGUGCACGAUCGUUCUCAAAAUCGCCAUGGAAAAUCCACUGGAGAUUCAUUAUGUGACUGUAGAGAUUAUAGACGUGAAUGAUCAUGCUCCUGUUUUUACUGAAAAAGAAACGCUCUUAGAGAUAUGGGAGUCGGCGUUACCCGGAACCCGUUUUCAGCUUCAACAAGCCCACGACUCUGACAGCGGAUCAAAUUCUAUUCAAACAUAUAAACUCAGCCAGAACGAUCAUUUCCGACUCGAAGUCAAAGAUCGUGGAGAAGGUGGUAAAAUUCCCGUUCUGGUCUUACAGAAGCCUAUAGACAGAGAGGUAAUGCAAAGCAUGAACAUGUUAUUAACUGCUGUCGACGGUGGAAGACCCUCCAAAUCUGGAACAAUGGACGUAACUGUUCGUGUAUUGGAUGUAAAUGAUAACAUGCCAGUUUUUACCAAGGACGUUUAUUCUGCUCAGCUAAAUGAAAACACACCUAUAGGUACCACUGUCAUACGAGUGAAUGCCACAGAUUUAGAUGAUGGCUCAAAUGGAGAUGUUGUUUAUGCGUUUUCUAAUAGUGUUCACAGUAACUUGCGCAAAAUGUUUAAUAUAGAUUCAAUCACCGGAGAAAUUGUUGUGAAAGGGCACAUUGAUUUUGAAGCAACGAGUGCUUAUGAAAUUGAUAUAACAGCAUCAGACAAAGGUACUGUACCACUGACAACAGAUAAAAGUGUGAUUAUAAAAAUAGUCGAUGUCAAUGACAAUGCGCCGGAAAUAGAGUUGACAUCACUUUCAAGCUCUGUUUCAGAAGAUUCCAGACCAGGCACUACAGUUGCUUUGAUAAGCGUGACUGAUUUAGACUCUGGAAUUAACGGAAAAGUUUUCUGUUCGGUUCCUGAAGAUAUACCAUUUAAAUUAAUGGCGUCUUCACAGGACAAUAUUUAUUCAUUAGUUACUACAUCAUCCAUUGACAGAGAGAAGCAAUACGUGUAUGACAUUACAUUAGUUGCCAAAGAUGCAGGAGAACCGUGUUUAUCAUCGGUCAAAACUUUAACAAUCUUGGUAUCAGAUAUAAACGAUAAUAAUCCAGAGUUUUCUCUCUCCCCUUACACAUUUUACGUUAUGGAAAAUAAUAUUCCAGGCAUGUCGACAUUCUGUAUUUCGGCUUCUGACAGAGACACAAAUGAAAACGCAGUAGUCACAUAUGAAAUACUGAGAGAAAAUAGCGAUGAUAAUAAACAAAUGUUUAUGAAUAUAAAUGCGGAAAAUGGGUGUAUUUACGCGUUAAAAACAUUCGACUUUGAAAGUGUAAAAACGUUCCAGUUCCAUGUGCUCGCUACAGAUUCUGGAACUCCGUCACUAAGCAGCAACGUCACAGUGAAUGUGUUCAUUCUGGAUCAGAACGACAACGCUCCAGUGAUCUUAUAUCCAGUCAGCGCUAACGGUUCUGCUGAAGGUGUGGAGGAGAUUCCCCGCAAUGUCAACGCAGGACAUUUAGUGACUAAAGUGAGAGCCUAUGACGCGGAUAUAGGAUACAACGGCUGGUUAUUAUUUUCACUGCAGGAAGUGAGUGACCACAGUCUGUUUGCUUUGGACCGUUAUACAGGACAGAUAAGGACCCUUCGCUCAUUCACAGAAACAGAUGAUGCUGAACAUAAGCUGGUCAUACUGGUCAAAGACAAUGGAAACGUUUCACUUUCAGCAACAGCGACUGUGAUCAUUAAACUUGUUGAACCCAAAGAGACUUUUGCUGCGGCCGAUGUUAAAAACGUAGUAAAAGAAGAGAAAGGAAACGACGUGACAUUUUAUUUGAUCAUUACCUUGGGAUCGGUUUCAUUUCUUUUCAUCAUAAGUAUCAUUGUGCUGAUUGUAAUGCAGUGCUCCAAAUCUACAGACUAUUCCUCCAAAUAUUUACAAGAUACAAAUUACGAUGGGACACUGUGUCACAGCAUCCAGUACAGAUCUGGAGAUAAACGCUACAUGUUAGUAGGACCCAGAACUAGUAUCGGUUCUACUCUAGUUCCAGGCAGUAAUGCGAAUACGCUAGUGAUACAAGAUCGCAGGAGAAGAACUUCUGGUGAGGAAGUGAGUGACCACAGUCUCUUUGCCUUGGACCGCUAUACAGGACAGAUAAGGACCCUUCGCUCAUUCACAGAAACAGAUGAGGCUGAACAUAAACUAGUCAUACUGGUCAAAGACAAUGGAAACGUUUCACUUUCAGCAACAGCGACUGUGAUUAUCAAACUUGUGGAGCCAAAAGAGGCUUUUGCUGUGUCCGAUGUCAAAAAUGCAGUAAAAGAUGAGGGGGAUAAUAAUAUUACAUUUUAUUUGAUUAUCACUCUAGGUUCAGUUUCAGUACUUUUCAUCAUCAGUAUCAUUGUGUUAAUAGCAAUGCAGUGUUCCAAAUCUGCAGACUAUUCCUCCAAGUAUUUACAAGAUACAGCUUAUGAUGGGACAUUGUGUCACAGCAUCCAAUACAGAUCCGGAGAUAAACGGUACACAUUAGUUGGUUCCAGAAUGAGUAUUGGUUCUACUAUAGUUCCAGGCAGCAAUGGGAAUACUCUUGUGGUACAAGAUCGCAGGAGGAGAACUUCUAGAGAGGUAAAGUAUUGCUCAUUCUAGGCCUGAUGUGGAUUUUUUUGUAUUUAGCAUAAAAUAUACAAUAUAGAUUCUGGUUAUGAACUCAUUAAAUCAUUUAAGCCUUAUUUUAAGUAAUGAUCAUGACACUGGAUUUAAUAAGAAUGAAAUAAAAUGCUUUAAGCUGUAAUCAUAACUUUCAGCAUUUCUAAUUUACGAUAGUUGUAUGAACUCUCAUUUAUUUGCAGAUGUGAAAUAUUGAUUGGUGCUUGGUAGAAUUUUCUAUGAGUUUGUUGUGGUCAGUAUGUAGUACAGUAGUUCUUUAUUAGGGAGUUUUAAUCACACUCAGUUAAAUGCAUUGAAGCACUCACUUUCCCUUGCUCUUUCUUUCUUACUCUUUCUAUUUAGCCAGUAGGAAAACGGAAUGGCUAUUAGAUUACAGUAUUUGAAAUAUUUCAGGCAAGGACUAAUGUCAUCUUUUGUUAUAUUUGUGAACUCAUUCUCUUUGCUUUAUUGUAAUUUAUUUAUCUUAUUCCUUGUGUCCCAUCUAUAAGCUGUUUUUUUUUUAUUCUUGCUUGCUCAGCUCUUUGCUGCCUGAAAGACAGAUACUUAGACACAUACACAGCCCAGUAAAUUAACAAUGUAGUAUUAGGAAGGCAUAUGAUUUCAUAAAUAAUUGUAAGAAUUAUGCCUUUGCAUCUAGGCCCUACCGCUCUUGCCAGCUUACAAGCUAUUCUGCUAAUUAGUCUUUUUGGUAAUUGUUCUGUUUCAAAAAAGAGUUAUAAUUUAGUUGUAAUUUACUGCUUCUUUCUUA